GGCACACACAGCUUGAUCGCCUGGCGAGAUGAGAUACAGGCAGCUGCAAGGAAAACCCAAUCGAUGAAAUUAUCUUCUACAAUACUGUUGAAUAUGUGGAGGAAGUACAAUUAAUGGAGCCAGCGUCCUCAAUGGAUAUAUCUCCGGAGGUUUCGCGAAAUCAGUGGCGAGAUAUCUUUUCCAGAGGAAAUACGCCUUCCGAGCAGGAGAACAACCAAUCAGCCGUGGCAAACCAAAGAUAAACAAGCCUUAUGAUAACACCAAACUCUCAGGUUUACCCAGGCUGUGUGCAGUCCUAGAGAACUAUCAUGCUGGCCUGUAUCCAGAGACGGCAGAAUCUCUCGUCGCAGAGUCUGGCCUGCGCACCCAAAAGCCUUGAUGUUCCACCCCCGCCAUUACUGCUGUCAGUUCCCCAACUGCAGCCGUGCAGCCACAAAGGCGAGCCAGCCUCCAUGAUUUCUCGGUACCCUUCUCCUGCACAGUUGGAUGCUUUUGCCCAGAAGACCGCCAACAACCCUCUGUCCAUCAAAAUCUUUCCAUCUGAGGUCCGGGUGCCACAGCAUAAACAGAUAAACAAAACCGUCAACGGGUUAGACACGACAGGCACACGCAGUGACUACUCCCACCUGUACACAGGAGGCCACCAGGGGCUGUUGGCCAUCAUCAAAGCCUCCGUGUCAGCAAAAGGUGUGCUAAAAAACUCAGAGGGCAGGAGGACUAAACAUGUAAACAGCCAGAAUCCUGUGGCACCGUACAAUAAUCCUCUGAAUAAUGGCUACACAGUCAGACACGGGCAUAAGGCCUAUCAUAUAAGCUCAUGUAAGCCCCAUGAUGUUCCCAUUGAGACACUGUGUUCCAGCUCAGGCAUGGCUUCCGGAGAUCAGAGCCUGGCCCCCCAGUCUGAGCUGGCAGAGGUUCAAAGCUUGAUGAGGCAGAUGAGCCGAGUCCCCCACAGCCAGGCCCUGCAGCUGGGGGGGGAGGCUCGAGCCAGCCCCUAUCUGCAGGCUGUGGCCGCGGUGGCACACUCAGACUCCGAUUUUGUGCUGGGAUUGCCCCCCCAGAGCAGUCUCGCCUUCACAGGGGCGGUGCUCCCGACACAGAGUGCAGACAGAGCCAAAGCGGGAUACUUGGAGAAGGGAGAGUACUCCGUGUGGCAGCAUAAACCUCAAAUCCAGCCGCCCUAUCAGCAGGGAGCCAUGAGGAUGUACAGUGUGAGUAACGGCGCUCAGAGGCACAGAGAGGACGAGUCCCCUGAAACCUGCCACCCUUUGCCCCCCCAGAUGGCGUACAGACCCCAUCCUGCCAGUGUGGAGCGGGUCAGCAGCUCUUCUCUGAGCUGCAUGCAGGGGGAGUUCUCUAUGGGACAGUACUACGCUCCACUCUGGGACUGCACCCCUAAUAGCGACUGUUAUCCUUCUCAGGUGCUGGCGAGCAAGCCUAUAGACCUGGGGCUCUCACACCCCCAUCUCCACCCCCACCCAAACCGCCAUCCACACCACCAACCGCAGAGACAUCAUCCUCAGCUCCACCCUCCUCAUAUCCAGGCCUACAGCACAGACCAAAACCUCUGUUGUGGGCUGCCUAGUUCCAGCCUGUGCCACGCUGCGGUACUCAGCAGCAGCCUGCAGUCUCUGGAGUGCCUCAUCAGUGAGAUCCACCCUCCCUGCAUCAAAGAGAGCAUGCUGGGACGUGGUUACCAAGCCAUGGGGAUGCCUCCGCUACUGGAGCACCACCAACAAACACACAUCCAGCUGCCCGUCUACAGAUAAGAGCUGGUGGGGGCUGCCAAACAACGGGACGCAGAAGUGACAAAACCUUUUAUAGAGGAUGGAAGUUUAGACGUCUGUGAGAAUGAGACAUGGGUUUGUAGUUUGUGCAUGUACUGUAUUUGUAGAAGGCUUUGUGUUAUGAGCCUGAAACAGUAACUGAUAAUCAAGACUUAAGAUACAGGUUUAUCUUAUGGAUGUUCUAUUUUUUAUAUCUGAAAUGGCCAUCAUAUAUGCCUGCUGUUCCUCAUUAAAUAUUGAUGCUGAGCACCUAAUCAGAAUUUCCCCAUUUCAUUUGAACAUGUAUGUAUUUUGCAGAUGUUUGGAUUCCCCUGUAGGCUUUUACAAAAAAUAGAAAUGUACUGAACUGAAAUAAUCAUUGGUACCCCUCUGAAAACAUGUACUUGAGUCUGGAAAGGAUGGUUUGGUGAAUAUAGGUUUUCCUUAAAAUGGCUUCUUAUUAGAACAUUCCUAAAUA